ACGUCACAAUGACGCGUCCCGCCCCGCGCCCCCCUGCGACGGCAGAACAGGAUCCCCAUUGGUCGAGAUGGGCGAGGGGCGGGGCUUACGGGACACCGCGAGCGGCCAUUGGGCGGCGCAGGAGACGGGCCGUGUUUGUUUUGCUGCUGAGCGGCGCGGUGACACGGAGUAACGGGACGGGGUGUGUAACCAUGGUGACAGCUUGGGGCCUUGAGCGGCCGCCCGACUGCUGCUGCUAUUGGGAACCGGAAUCACACCAACACUAUCCAGGCUCCGAGCUGUCCCCGUCAGGGCUGUGCGUCCAUGUUAGUGCGGCGUUACGGGAGCUCACAGCUGGGGAACGUCACGGAGCAGCGGCAACAAGUGACGUAGUAUUUCCGUAUAUCGAGUAUUGCCGCACGGCAUGGCGCGGUGUGACGUCACUACGUCAGCGUGGCGUCACUACGUCGGUGUGACGUCACUCAUCCCACCGCCCUGCCCAUCCAAUCAGCGAGCUGCUCACAGCGCGUCACGCGGCGACCAAUGGCGGCGGCGCUUGACCCUCGGGGGCCGCCUUAGGUGCGGUCUGCCAUUGGCCGGGCAGGAGGAGCUCUCGCCGCUGAUUGGCCACGGUUCGUCGCGCGGGUUCCCGUCCGUCGCGCGGCGUAGCGGUGCUGCCGCCAUGUCGUUGCAGCUGCCGUUCGUUCCGCGGAAGCGCAGCGGUACCGACAUGUGCGGGCCGGGCCGGGCGGCGGGACCCGCUGCGGACAGUGCGCUGCGGAACGGGAUCCCGCCCAGCAAACGGCACAAGGGGCCGCCGGGGAGCGGGGCGGAGGAAGAUCCUUUCGGGGACAACGACGACUUCACGGCGGACGAUCUGGAGGAGAUCGACACCAUCGCUUCCCAGGCGCUGUGUGAGCCGCUGUGUCCGGGUGUCACCGCGCCGGGCCCGGCCCCGCACAGCGCUCAGCUCACAGCGCCCUUCCAGCUGCAGGUGCUGCGGGCACAGCACGACGAUACACGGAGGAAGCUGAAAGAAAUGCAGGAUGAAAUUCUUACUAAAAAUGGAGAAAUCAAAGUUCUGCGUGACUGGAUGCAGCAGAUGGAGCGUGAGAUGGAGGAGCAGAAGAGGUCGUACGUGCUGUUGGAACAGCAGCAAUCUCAGGCCCUUGGUGAAAAAGAAAGAGAGUUCUCCAAAAAGUUACUGUCACUGCAGUCAGAGUUGCAGUUCAAAGAUGCAGAAAUGAAUGAAUUAAGAACGCGACUUCAGAACUGUGAAAGAAAUAAGCACGUCACUCAGACGGUUGUGCCACAAAGCCCUAAAAAGAACGUUGCAAUCCAGAUGAAAUCAGAAGGGUGUCCUCCGCAGCCUGGAAAAAGGUCUUUUCCUACAAAAGAGUCUUUCAAUGCUGAAACUGCUGCCAGACCCUCUUCUUCUUCUUCAGGAAACUGGUUUGCACAGACAGUUUCCAGCAAGGAAGACAGUAAGAUGCCCCAUCCUGAGUUCUUAGCCAUGAAGCAAGAAGCAAUGGGAAAAAAUGGUUCCUGCAAUUCUGUACGCCAACAAAACAUUCAAGGGGAUGGAAAAGCCACUUCAAAGACAAUCUCUCCAGGUUCUGCCUUACUGAGCGCCCUGCUGAAGCAGCCCCUUGUCUCUGGGUCCCUGCUGGGACUUUGCCAUCUUCUCAGCAGCAACGCUGAGGCUCUGCCAGGAGCUGUGCUGCAGCCCGACCUUGUGGAGACGCAGUCCACGCAGAUGCCUGGCACCAGGACAGCUCAGGAAGAAGUUGCUCCUCCCGUGUCCCUGCAGGAAGCUCAGAAACUUGCACUAACAGGACUGAACUUAAUCGCUAUGGAUGAAGAGCCAUAUGAAGGGAGCCCAGCAGGAAGUGGGAGUGAGGUUUUGUAUUUGAAACGCUGCAAGAUCCGAGGAGCUGUGCAUCUCUUGCCCUUGGUGGAACACCACAUCGGUGCAUACUGUCAAGCGGUACAAUCAGCAGACAAGUCAGUAAAUGCUUCUUGUGGAAACCACUCAGUUGUUUCUUCCAGAACCAGCCCAAGUAAUGUAUCGAGGAAGGAGGACUUCAGGUUGUCUCUUGAAGAAACAACAGUUCUGUCACUAGGUAUUCUUUAUUAUUUGGCAUUUUAUAGCUGGGACGUUGUCCACAUAUUGCUGUCUAACGAGGUGGAAAAAAGUUCUGCUGUUGGAGAAGAACAGAUUUCCAAGGCGGACAAAAAAGCACCGUGUGAUAAUAAAGAAGAUGACAGGACACAAGGAGGGCUGCCUGACGCUCCACAAGAUGCUGCUAGUGACGUUCAAGCACAACAUUCUUUGUUCAAAAAGCUGCUUCAGGUUUUAGCUUUCUCUGCCACAGGGGGCUCCCAGACGGGCAGCAUCCUGCAGCAAAGCCUGAAAGUUCUGGUAAAGCUAGCUGAAAACUCAACGAUGGACUUGCUACUAAAUUUUCAGCAUCUCCUGAGCCACCAGGUGCUGCUCCGCUGCCUGUGCCCGGUGAUCCCUCUGCCCGCUGUUCUCCAGACUGUGAAGCUGCUGUCCAUACUUUCUCAACACCACCUGCUGGUUUCUCAACUUUGUUCCCAUUCAGAUACCUGCCUUCUUCUUGCACUGUACACAUACAUCACAUCUAGACCGGAUAAAUCGGCCUCUGAGGUGUGUUGGCUGCAGCUGGAGCAAGAGGCAGUCAGGCUCCUGACCCGGUGUGUGCGUUGCUCCAGCCCAACAGUUUUACCCCCUGCUGCACAUUGCCAGUGUAAUCUGGAGGUUGUUAAGGCACUAAUAAUAAUGUUGCACAGACAGUGGACGAAGAUUAGAAGAUCUGAGAGCAGCUUGUGUGCACAUAAGGAGCAAGUCAUUCAGUUUUUAAGGGACGCUGUUUUACUCUUACACAGCCUAUCUCAGAAAGACAAACUGUUUCAUGAGCACUGUUUGGAAGUACUCCAUCAGUAUGACCAAGCUAUGCCAGGCAUAAGAGCCAUCCUCAGGAAAACCAAAAAACUGAGCCCCUGUGAAGAGCUGAUUUUGGAUGAAUUGUAUCCUCCUGAGCCAGAAGCAGAAGAUCAGGACUCCAGUUAGCCAACACAUGGCAGGGAUUUCUGCCCAUACUUCAGUCAUUGUAAUCACUGCCGGAGUCGAUCUGAUCUAAAUCAGCAGUUCUCCAUAGUGAUAAUGAUAACUCAAAGGUUGCUCCAAUGCAGCACAACUAAAACACAACUCUCUGUUGCAGUUAUUCUACCUAAGUGCUAUCCAAAUGUAGCCGAAAACCAGGAAAUAGUGAUGUGAGGGAAAAAAAAAAGAUACUGCCACGUACUGUUUUGCUGUGCAAAACCACUGAAAGGAUGAACUUAAGAAUGGUUCUGUUUAUGAGCAUCAACCUUCAUGAAGCUGCUGUGACUGGAAUGGAGACCUUACUGUGCGUUCCCCAUUUACUGUGAUUACUGCUGCGUUUGUGCUGAAGUUAUGAUGCUGAACGUCCUGAGACGUUUGGGGUCACUGAGUUCCUAUGCAAGUCUUGUGAUAAUAUUUGUUGUUUCUUUUGUAGCUGUAUCACUUUUUCGCUUGAGAUCCAUAACUUCUGUGUUGAUAUUAGUAAAUUGUUUACUGUGAUUUUUUAA